UAAAAUAAAGAUACGGAAUUGUUGAUUACUUAACUAUACUAUAUACUACUAGUAGUAUUUGUAUUGUGUGAGAACUUUAUCUUUUUCUUCAAGAGUAGUGGCUAUCUCUAGCAACAAGAAGAAGAAGAAGUUCCAAUCCAAAAGUGAGUUUUAGCAUCAUCACGGUGAUGGAAGAAAUGUACGGAGUACCAACAACGGUGGAAUACGGCGACAAAUCCCUGAUGACACCGGAGAAUCUAAUCUUCCCGGCAGACUACAACAGUUUCCUCAUGUCCACCACUUCAUCAACCAACCGAAUUCCUAUGUUCGGAUCCGACGAUAUCUUCACGGCGGCGGAACCUUCUUCCGCCGGAAUUCAAGAUGACGUGGCAUCUAAUAUCAUGAAAGCUAAAAUUGCUUCUCAUCCUUAUUACCCUCGCCUUCUUCAAGCCUAUAUCGAUUGUCAAAAGGUUGGUGCUCCUCCUGAAAUUGCAAGUUUAUUGGAGGAGAUUCGAAGAGAAAACGAUAUGUGUAAAAGAGACGUUGUUGUUUCCACGUGUUUUGGAGCCGAUCCCGAGCUUGAUGAAUUUAUGGAAAGUUAUUGUGACAUGCUUGUGAAGUAUAAAUCAGACCUUACUCGACCUUUUGACGAAGCUACAACGUUUCUGAACAAGAUCGAAACUCAACUCAGUCAUCUCUGCACUGGUGGUGCUGCUGCUGCUUCACUUCCAACUGCUUCUGAUGAUGGUGGUGCAUCUUCGGACGAAGAUCUUAGUACAGGAGAUGGUGAUGUUCAAGAUGGACAAUCAAGGGGAGAAGAUCGUGAGCUCAAAGAUAGGCUUUUACGCAAAUUUGGAAGUCACAUUGGUACUUUGAAAUUGGAGUUUUCAAAGAAGAAAAAGAAGGGUAAGCUUCCAAAAGAAGCAAGACAAACCCUACUUCAAUGGUGGAAUGUUCACUACAAAUGGCCUUACCCAACGGAAGCUGAUAAGAUUGAACUGGCUAAGUCAACAGGGUUAGACCAGAAGCAAAUUAACAAUUGGUUUAUUAAUCAAAGAAAACGUCAUUGGAAACCAUCUGAGAAUAUGCAGUUUUCUAUGAUGGAAAAUUUUACCGGACGGUUUCUUACUGAAGAAUGAGGUGCAUUUUCAUGACAAUCUCAAAUGUAUAUCCUAGGUAAUUAUUGGUGCUAUUUUCUUUUGUAAAUUCUAAAUUAAAAAGCAGAUUACUGACACUAAAAUCCUUAUUUUCCCACAAAGAAGAAGGGAAAUAAUCAUAGUAAUUUGCGUCACUUGUAUUCUUGAUGAAUAACUACUUGACAUUGUGAAUGAAUGCAUAUAUACUUUGCUUCAUGGUCCUAAA